CGUUCGGCACAACUUUUGUCUACAAAUUUGAGGAGUUUGAAGCUGAAGGAGAUCAGAACACAGAACACGCCCUUACAAGUGCAAUCCGUCUCUUAGUUGAGUGUUGGCAAAGGAAGAUAAUCCCGCUGCCUUAAUCCACCGGGAACCCCCCGCGUUCGCACCCCCAUCGCGGCUUCAAGCCAGUCUCCGUCCUCAAGCCAAUUUGAGACUCAACCUUCCUUCGAAAGAAAAGAAAAUUUUGAGACUCAACAAGACCCUCCGCUCCGCUCUGCUUGCCGGAAACCUCUGCAGGCCCGACCAGCACAGCAGGACGAGCGACCCAGACACCCACUCCGGGUGAAUCUCCCGCGACUCCUCCGGCCGCAUCCGCGGUAGUGGACGGUUCUGGUGUACGCUUGCCUGGCUGCCUCUGCCUGCCAUGGCGGAUGUAGACGACGAUUCGGGCCCUGCCAACUCGGGAUUGAUAAAAACAGAAGGUGAAUUGUACAUGGAAUCGCUGGUUAGAGUUUCACUUCAGCUGGUCACCAAGGAGUUCCCGUUUGAGGUCCAACUACAUGGCUCCAAGAUGCUCCAGCAUCUGGUGGAUUACAGAAGUGGUGAACUCAACAGUGCUGAUCUUCUUAACUUAAAGCUACAGCUGGUUCGAUAUCCUGUUGAAACAGCGGCCAAUGCAGGAAAACCCAAAGAACAUAAAAAGCGUUAUUUUCACUGCAGCAACACCAGAUAAUGAUGAAACAAGAUGGCAUCAAAGGAAGGACAGUCUUCUCCUGGCAGAGCACAAUCUGUUAUGUGAGGCAUUCAGUAUACCAUCUCUUUUGGGAAUUGUGGAAUAUGCAAGAAUAAUUCCCUGUUUACUUGAUCCUCUGAACAAAAUAUGGACCAUGGUGGAAUGGAAAGAUAAUUAUGUGUCUAGUGUGAGCCAGCUUUUUUCUGAUGGCCAGUUUUUGAAAAUGGCUUAUCAUGUGGUGAAAUUCGGUGAAGAACAGCUUAAGAUGAGCAAAACAGAAGGGUCUGGUGCUCGUGAUCUUUCCACGGUAGUCCUUUUAAAACUAAUCCUUCCAUUGCUCUUACAGCUGCUUCAGUGUAUACAUGCGCUUUGGAACGAGGAUGCUAAUUGUUUACCUGAAGAACUUGAAAGAGCUAAAUGUUUGAGCGGUGUGGAGCUUGCUACUAUACUUGAAAGUACAGAUGGGUUGUAUGACAUUGACAAUGUGGAAUAUCUCCAUAGGAAUAAGACAGGGGCAUUAUUGGAGGGAACUCGACAUAGAGUGUACAACGUCGUAGGCCUAUGUACAUCCGUAGAGGGGGUAUUUUCAGAGUUAUUGAAUAGUCUAUCUGCUACGGAUGCUUUCGUGAAUGGUUUAAGGUCGAUGGAACUUAGGCAUUUGGGGAAGGUUAUUCGUCUGGUAGUUGUUCCUUUGGUUAAAAAUUGCCCCUGCAAAUUUUGGAAGCUAUGGAUGGUCGAUUUCUUAGGGCCUAUACUAACUGAGUGUGAGUAUAGGCUUCACUUUGCUUGGUUUGAUCUCUUAUACCAUGGAGGGACUGGAAAACCAUACUUUUAUGGUAAUCUUGUUGGACCGGAUAGACAAAUAAAUGCAUUGAAGCAGAAGCUACUGCUUGCAUUUACUCGGAAGUGUCGGAUCUUCUUAGAGUGUUAUCAGUUACGGAACAAAAUGUGGAGUCUGUCCCGUCUCCUCUCUUGAGAUUCCUUUUACUUCACGAUUGCUUUAAGAGGAUAAGAAUGAGUCUCUUUGGAUACUUUGUGGAUGAUGAAACAACAAUGAAUGCCAUUCCAUU